CGUUCUUCAUCAUUUGACCUGGAUCAAAUUAAAGCUCGUCGUUCGAUACCUCGCAAUCGCGUUCUUGACAGAGCUUGGCAAAUUCACAGUCGUCGUGCACAAGACUUACGAUACGCUAAAGUCCUCGCCCUUGUUCAACUGUCUCGCCACGCUGGAGCAGCUCGUCAAUCUCAUCUUUCAAAGCGCUUUGACACGCUUAUCCUCUACCCAGCGCAUCUCAACUGGAGAUAUUGGGGAGAAUCCGCAUCCAUUGCAGCAGAUUUCACUCGUCGAAGCCGAGGUGCCUUGGUGGGCAAAACCAAGUGUUGUGUAUCGCAAGGGGAUCAUCAAAGUUGCUCAGUCGAGCUGUACUUGGAGGAAGACCUGCUCGGGUGUGGCACACCGUGCACGUAAGACCUCUGAUCAUGAAGCGAGGUGCCCUCGAUUCUUUCUUCAAACGUCCUGAGCCUAAGAAACCCAAAUAUGAAGCAACUUCGCAAAAGUCUAGCCAUGCAUCCUACCCCUUGGCCAUUCCGUACCUGCCCACUUCAUUCACGGAGCAGUUGGGGUUCGCUCCUGCCGAGGAGGGGAAGAUCAUGAACGAUCAGCUGGAUCUGGACCUCGUGUACUAUCAGCCUUAUGUCCCUUCCGCCAUCGCACCGGGACUUUUUGAGUUUCUUCGACAGGAACUCCCGUUCUACCGUGUCCAGUACAAGAUCACCCGCGGAGGAGUGCAAACUCAGAUCAAUACUCCACGGUUCACUACUGUCUUCGGUGUUGAUGAUACGUCCCGCUUUGCCCUCGACGGUAGUAUCGUAGAUGCAAAGACGGGGAAGCCAGUUGAGAAGAACCGAUACAAGUGCGCGCCUCGUCCGAUUCCACAGUGUUUGGAGGAACUGAGAAAGGUGACGGAGGGCACCACUGACGAGACGUUCAAUUUCUGCCUUGUCAAUUACUACGCGGAUGGGAAAGACAGUAUAUCAUACCACUCGGAUGAUGAGAGAUUUCUCGGCCCCAACCCAGCAAUCGCAUCUUUCAGUCUUGGUGCAAAGCGCGACUUUCUGAUGAAGCACAAGCCUAUCCCUCCCAAAGAGGGCGUUGUGAUAGAAGAGCCAAAGGGAAUCAAGCUGCCCUUGGGAUCCGGAGAUAUGGUAUUGAUGCGUGGCAAAACGCAAGCGAAUUGGCUUCACAGUAUACCGAAGCGCGCAGGCCCGGAGGCGGGCAAGGGGAGGAUCAAUAUUACCUUCAGGAAGGCGAUGAUCAAAGGUGGUACGGAAAACUACUACCAGUACAAUGUCGGCACUGGGGAAGUGCACAAGUGGGAUGCGAAGCUUGAGAAGAUGGUGUCCUGGUCGACGGCGACGGAAACCAUAGCGACUGAAAGUGCUCCUGUUGAUGGCGCUGGAGCAAGUAAUAGAGCUUAAUGGACUAUAGGGAUUGGUUCAGGUAAUUUUGACGACUAAAACAAACAAAUGUUAGCAUCAUGAUCUA